AUGUCAAAGUUCAUCAAGAGCACCCUUGCUCUGGUCACUCUGGCUCUGGUCUGCUUGGUCGCCCUGACUACCGUCAAGGCCGCCGACGCUGACGAGACCAGAGAGUCCUACGGCACCGUCAUCGGUAUCGAUCUUGGAACCACCUACUCUUGCGUCGGUGUCUUCAAGAACGGCCGUGUCGAGAUCAUCGCCAACGACCAGGGUCACCGUAUCACCCCUUCCUAUGUCGCCUUUACCGAGGAUGAGCGUCUCGUCGGAGAUGCCGCCAAGAACCAGUACGCCGCCAACCCCACCAACACCAUUUUCGAUGCCAAGCGUCUCAUCGGUCGCCGUUUUGACGACAAGGAUGUCCAGGCCGAUAUCAAGCACUUCCCCUUCAAGGUCAAGUCCAAGUCCGGUGCCCCCGUCAUCACUGUCGAGGUCAAGGGUGAGGAGAAGACCUUCACCCCUGAGGAGAUCUCCGCCAUGAUUCUCGGAAAGAUGAAGGAGAUCGCUGAGGCCUACCUCUCCAAGAAGGUUACCCACGCCGUCGUCACCGUCCCCGCUUACUUCAACGAUGCCCAGCGCCAAGCCACCAAGGAUGCCGGUGCCAUCGCCGGUUUGACCGUCCUCCGUAUCGUCAACGAGCCCACCGCCGCCGCCAUCGCCUACGGUUUGGACAAGAAGGAAGGUGGCGGUGAGCGCACCAUCCUCGUCUACGAUCUCGGUGGUGGUACCUUCGAUGUCUCCCUCCUCUCCAUCGAUGACGGUGUCUUUGAGGUCCUUGCCACUUCCGGUGACACCCACUUGGGAGGUGAGGAUUUCGACCAGCGUAUUAUCGAGCACUUUGUUAAGCUCUACAAGAAGAAGUACACCGGCAAGGACGUCACCCAGGACCUCAAGGCCAUGGGCAAGCUCAAGCGUGAGGCUGAGAAGGCCAAGCGUACCCUCUCUUCCCAGAUGUCUGUCCGCAUUGAGAUCGAUUCCUUCCACAACGGCAACGACUUCUCCGAGACCUUGACCCGCGCCAAGUUCGAGGAGCUCAACGUGGAUUUGUUCAAGAAGACCAUCAAGCCCGUUGAGCAGGUUCUCAAGGAUGCCGGCCUCUCCAAGGGAGAAAUUCACGACAUUGUCCUCGUCGGUGGUUCCACCCGUAUCCCCAAGGUCAUCUCUUUGAUCGAGGACUACUUUGGCGGCAAGAAGGCCUCUAAGGGUAUCAACCCCGAUGAGGCUGUUGCCUACGGUGCUGCUGUCCAGGGUGGUGUCCUCUCUGGCGAGACCAACACCGAGUCGAUUGUUCUUUUGGAUGUCAACCCCUUGACUCUCGGAAUUGAGACCACCGGAGGUGUCAUGACCAAGCUCAUUGGCCGUAACACUGGUAUCCCCACCAAGAAGUCCCAGAUCUUCUCGACCGCCGCCGACAACCAGCAGACCGUCUUGAUCCAGGUCUUCGAGGGAGAGCGUGCCAUGACCAAGGACAACAACCAGCUCGGCAAGUUCGAGUUGACCAACAUCCCCCCCGCACCCCGUGGUGUCCCCCAGAUCGAGGUCACCUUCGAGAUCGACGCCAACGGUAUCUUGCGUGUCUCUGCCUCGGACAAGGGCACCGGCAAGACCGAGACCAUCACCAUCACCAACGACAAGGGCCGUCUCUCGGAUGAGGAGAUCGAUCGUAUGAUCAAGGAGGCUGAGCAGUUCGCCAACGAGGAUCAGGUCGUCAAGGAGCGCAUUGAGUCCAAGAACGUCCUCGAGAACUACCUCUACUCUGUCAAGAACCAGGUCAACGACGACUCCCAGUUGGGUUCCAAGAUUGAUGCCGAGGACAAGAAGACCAUCUUGGACGCCAUUGCCCAGAAGGUCUCUUGGCUCGAGUCCGAGGGUGCCACUGCCUCCAAGGAGGAGUUGGACGAGAAGAAGGAGGAGAUUGAGGCCAUUGUCAACCCUAUCACCUCCAAGCUCUACGGCGCCGCCGGUGGCUCUGGCCCUGCCCCCACCGAGGACAUGCCCGAGCACGACGAGCUGUAA